GACUCAGUGUUGUUCAUGUUCAGUCGGCCCGUCUGUUUGGCGCGCUGAGGUUGUGUUGGAUUGCGUUUUCAGCCGCUGGUACCGUCCCACGUGCGCAUGCUACUGCGUUGCUGAUAAGUGCCUGACUUUUGACUGCCGAUAACAUUGUCCGCGUCGAAACGACCAAUCAAACAAAAGGGGAAAACGCUGCAUUUUAACUCACUUUUUUGCGCUAUUGACAUUGAUUGACAACCGACAGGACAGUGUAUGUGGACAGUGGAAAGUGAUCUAUUGGUGGCUACGGGACGUUUUUGUUUUACCGACAAACUGAGGAAUAUAGCAGCAGCGGAGGAAUCGCUCUGGAAAUACCUAAAAGGGUAGCGAUGUCGCGGCUCGCGCCCGCGUGAUGCUCGCCCCGCUCGCGCCGCGCCGGGAACUGGACGCCGAAACGCCGGUCGUCUGGCCUGCAUGGUGCUACUCAGGUGAAGGAGGGGGCGGCGGGGCGCGGCGCUGCGCGCGCGAUGCGGCGUCGCCCGCGCACGCGCCCGCGCCGGCGCCGCCGCACGUCAAGAUCGAGCGGCUCAGCCCCCACGACUCCACCGCCUCCAGAUCCCGCAGCGUGACGCCGUCGACGUCGUCAUACCCGGGCACGCCGCCUGAGCGCGGAAGCCCGCACGCUCCGCCGCCGCACCCGCCGCGCAACUACUCUGACAUCAUGCGCUCCCUCGCCGCGCGGUACAACUGCCCGCCUAACGACUACUUCCACCGCAUGAACGGCUUCGGCGCGGAGCGUGCGCCGGCACAGGAGGCGACGGACGCGCCGCUCGGAGGGCUGUUCACAAAGAUGGCGAAGCAGCAGGGCGGCCCGCCGCGGCUGCCUGCCUUCCCCGUCAUGCUCGACAUGAGCUCGACUAAGACGCUGCUAGCGAUAUCCCGAGUGGGUCGCGGAGGGCGCUCGAGACGCAAGCGCGCCGGGACUGCCCCGGAGCACUCGCCGCUGGAUCUGUCUGCGGCGGGCGAGAGCGCGGCCAAGCGCGCGAGGCUCUCCGCCAGCCCGAGCACCAGGAGCGACAGCGGCGAGAGGGACCCGGUGUCUAAUGAUGAGCGAGGCGAGUCGCGAGACUGCUUGUGCGCGGAGGCCCGCGCGCGCCUGUCGGCGUGGACGGUCGACGACGUCUGUGAGUUCGUCACGUCCAUCGACAUCUGCGCAGAAUACACAUCGAACUUUCGCGAGCAGAGAAUCGACGGAGCCGGUCUUCCUCUCCUCACCGAAGACCACCUAACAGGCAUGCUGCAGAUGAAGCUAGGGCCGGCACUCAAGCUCAAAGCCGUCCUGGCGAGGAGACUUGAGCCGUGCGCGAGCUGCCAGGCACAGGCCCAAGCCAGUCCCACCAGUGUCAGGAUAAACGGGGCAGCCCUGAAAGCGGAGCCCAGGAGCAACACCACCAGCCCUAGUUAGGGUUCAUGUAGUAUUAAUUUUGUUUUUUUUUUAUCAUGUCGUGUUUCGUGUUUCAUUUCGGCCAGGUUCGAGCGCGUUUAU